UUUUAUGCUCUGUAUUGGGAAGGCAGAUAAAAUGCCAGGUCUGGACUGCCUCUGGGGAUAACUUCGCCCUGUGUGAUGUGAAUGAAUAGCAUCUUGCCUGGCAAAUCCACAGGAAUUGAUAAGGCAGGAGCAGCUCUUCCAAACAGGCCUUUUCUCUUUUAGCUCUAGCUGUGGUUUCUGCAGCAAUUUUGUUUUUGCCUUAAGAGAGGUGCUCAGGAUUAUCAGACCUCCAUGUAUGACAAUUUGUACCUGCAUGGAAUUGAAGACUCGGAGGCUGAAGAAUAAUGUGAUGUGUUACCCAAGAUGGUGUGAACAGAGCUUCAAGCCCAUGGAGAAGACUAGGCCUAAAUAGCUGACCCGGUGAAGUGACAGAUAAAGCCACACCUGGAGUGCCACAUCCUCAGCAGCCUUUCUCAGUGCCAAUGCAUUUAUGGCUGGUUCAGCGGAUUCCUACACAAGCAGGCCAUCUGACUCCGAUGUCUCUUUGGAAGAGGAUCGGGAAGCAAUUCGACAGGAGAGAGAACAGCAAGCAGCUAUCCAGCUUGAGAGAGCAAAGUCCAAACCUGUAGCAUUUGCUGUGAAGACGAAUGUGAGCUAUUGUGGAGCUCUGGAUGAGGAUGUGCCUGUUCCGAGCACAGCCAUCUCCUUUGAUGCCAAGGACUUUCUACACAUUAAAGAGAAAUACAACAAUGAUUGGUGGAUAGGGAGGCUGGUGAAAGAGGGCUGUGAGAUUGGCUUCAUCCCAAGUCCACUCAGAUUGGAGAACAUACGGAUUCAGCAAGAACAGAAACGAGGACGUUUUCACGGAGGGAAAUCAAGUGGAAAUUCCUCAUCAAGUCUGGGAGAAAUGGUAUCAGGGACAUUUCGAGCAACUCCCACAUCAACAGCAAAACAGAAGCAAAAAGUGACGGAGCACAUUCCUCCUUACGAUGUUGUGCCAUCAAUGCGUCCGGUGGUGUUAGUGGGGCCGUCACUGAAAGGUUAUGAGGUAACAGACAUGAUGCAGAAAGCCCUCUUUGAUUUCCUGAAGCACAGGUUUGAUGGGAGGAUAUCAAUAACGAGAGUGACAGCUGACAUUUCUCUUGCUAAGAGGUCUGUCCUAAAUAAUCCCAGCAAGAGAGCAAUAAUUGAACGUUCGAACACCCGGUCCAGCUUAGCGGAAGUACAAAGUGAAAUUGAAAGAAUCUUUGAGUUGGCAAGAUCUUUGCAACUGGUUGUUCUCGAUGCAGACACCAUCAAUCACCCAGCACAACUUAUAAAGACUUCCUUAGCUCCAAUUAUUGUUCAUGUAAAAGUCUCAUCUCCAAAGGUUUUACAGCGAUUGAUUAAAUCUAGAGGAAAAUCCCAAAGUAAACACUUGAAUGUUCAACUGGUAGCAGCUGAUAAACUCGCACAGUGCCCUCCUGAAAUGUUUGAUGUUAUAUUGGAUGAGAAUCAGCUUGAGGAUGCGUGUGAACAUCUAGGAGAGUACCUUGAGGCGUACUGGCGGGCCACCCACACAACCAGCAGCACCCCCAUGACCCCGCUGCUGGGGAGGAAUUUGGGCUCCACAGCACUCUCACCAUAUCCUACAGCAAUUUCCGGGUUACAGAGUCAGCGAAUGAGGCACAGCAACCACUCCACAGAGAACUCUCCAAUUGAAAGACGAAGUCUAAUGACCUCUGAUGAAAAUUAUCACAACGAGAGGGCUCGGAAGAGUAGGAACCGCUUGUCUUCCAGUUCCCAGCAUAGCCGAGAUCAUUACCCUCUUGUGGAAGAAGAUUAUCCUGACUCAUACCAGGACACUUACAAACCUCACAGGAACCGAGGCUCACCUGGGGGAUACAGCCAUGACUCCCGACAUAGGCUUUGAGGCUGCCAAAACAAAACAUAUAUAUAUAUAUAUUCAUCUGUUGACAAUUUGCCAUAGCACUGCUAGGAUAAACCAAUCAUCUUAACUUGGCAAGUACAGCACAGUAUUUACUGUGCUUAUGGGCUGCUGUCAUUUGAUGCUAAGGGGCAAAAAACAAACAAAAAAAAAUGUACAUUAUGCCCUUGAGUCUAGAUGGAUAUUAGAUGCCCAAUCAUAUAGAUAUUUUUAAGUGCAACAUUUACAUAACAGUACCUUUUGUUUUCUUCAUAGAUUUAAACACAUCAAUUUGUAAUUUAGGGUACUUAACAAGGCACAUAUAAAAUAAUUUCCCAUGCUGGAAAUUCCAAAUGACCAGUUCCAGUUGGAACCAAUUUAUAAACCAAUUCCUGUUGGAAUUUGGGUGAAUUGACUAGAAAGUCUACUUGAGCAUGUUGCAAUCAAUUGAAAUCUUGGGAAAAAAACUAAUAAGAAAAUCAAAGUAUCAAUAGAAGCCAAAACUAGCUAUUUAUUUGCUGGAAGCUAAAUUUACACUUAAAGUUGGAAUGUAUAAACAUUUUAAUAUAUGUUAAUGUUGCCAGAAUGGCUUUUUGAACUUACCAAAUGUAUUGAUAGUGCCAUAAAAAUCUCAAAUCUUAAUGCAGAAAUUAAAUAGUCUCCUCAUAUUUUAAUAUUUUUAUUUCUUUUCUGGCACAGCUGUUGUAUUCAAAGUGUUUUGCUUUCUGUUCAGUCAGUACUGUUAGCUCGUUUGAACUUGGCAAAAAAAAAAAAAUCGGCA